UGUAUAAUUGUAAGUAGAUGACACCUUUACAUGUCCUCUCUGCUGAAAGUAGCCACAACAAUCCAAAGUGUCUUCUUACAAUCGCGCAGAGUUGCCACUGAAACAGCGAAGCAGAUAAAAGAAAGAUAGUUUAAUUUUAGUUUAUUUUAACAAGUAAAAUUUGUUUUUAUUGAUGGCACAAAGUACAUACAUAGGUCAUAAAGCAAUACUUAUUGCUGCACGGAAAAAGUCCUUCUAGGGCCGACAUAAGAACAACUGGAACAGGAGAAACAUACUUUUUGGGAAGUGUAGUAUAAAUUGGUUCUGUAUUUUAUUCUGGACCGGGUAGGUGCAGAACCCCUUCACUACAGAAAAUGCGGAAAUGCGGGGUGAUUGAGUAACUUAAAUGUUAUCAUAGCAGCCCUGACCGGAUGAGAUGUAAUCGACGACAAGGACCUAAUAUUGGCAUUCGUCACCUGCAGGCUCUUCUGCUGUUCUUAGCCAUCGUCGUGAACUACACAGCCCGGCUCAGCGUGAGUGUGGCCAUAGUGGCCAUGACGGAUGCGGCCACCACCAAUCUGGACUUUCCGGAGUACGAUUGGACUGGUGCGCAGCAGUCGUAUGUCCUGUCUAGCUUCUACUGGGGCUAUAUCGUCACCCAGUUUCCAGCCGGAUUUCUCGUACGGAGAUUUGGAGCUAAGACCAUUCUGCUCAUACCAACAGUGGGAACGGCUUUCCUAAGCGGACUCACACCAUACUGCGUAGCAUGGGGAGGAUGGAAGGCUUUCAGCGUCAUAAGAUUUGUGGAGGGUCUCUUCCAGGGUCUGAUAUUUCCUUGCAUACAUGAGCACCUAGCCAAGUGGUCUCCGCCAGAGGAUCGCAACCGAUUGGGCGCCUUUGCGUACUCUGGAGCCGACUGCGGAUCAGUUCUGGCCAUGGCAAGCAGCGGAUUGAUUGCGAACAGCGGCAUGGGCUGGCCCGGAAUAUUCUACGUGUCGACAGGUACAUGUGGGAUAUGGUGCCUGCUCUGGGUGAUUCUCGGUGCGAAUAACGCGCCUAGUUCCCGGCUUAUUGGCGACCGCGAAAAGGAGCACAUCGAACGCUCUAUGAAGAGACCCGAAGGCUUUCACGCCCAAAAUAUUCCUAUUCCAUGGAGGGCCAUCUGGACAUCCGUUCCUUUUUACGCAUUGCUGAUUGUGCGGGGUGCCCAGGGUUGGGCCAACUCCACAAUGCAGCUACAGACACCCUCCUACAUGCACGGCGUCCUGGAGAUGGACAUCAAGAGUAACGCGCUGUACUCGGCUCUACCCUUCUUGGCCAUGUGGGGUAUGUCCUACGUUUACCUGGCCUUUGCGGACAUAGCCAUGUCGCGCAAUUGGAUGACGCUAACCAUGCUUCGCAAAUUGAUUAACACAGUUUCCUACUGGGGUCCGGCUGCGGCUCUCAUUGGAAUUGGGUUUCUAGACAAGAAUCAGACUAGUCUGGCCAUCGCUUUGAUGACAAUUAACGCCGGCCUAAAUGCGGGCUCUGGAAUUGGCAGCAUUCUGACCAUAAUCGACAUGUCGCCAAACCACUCCGGGAUGUUGAUGGCUAUUGUGAACGGAAUUGGCAAUAUAUUUCCGCUUUUAACGCCCCUAUUAGUGGGUGUCAUUGUCACCGAUCAGGGCUCGCGAAGCCAGUGGCAGAUUGUGUUUGCAAUGACUGCCAUUGUUUUUUUUUUCGGCAACCUGGUGUACCUUAUUUGGGGCACUACCGACCAGCAGGCUUGGGAUGCUGAAGACUAUCUCAAAACCCGAGACCCAGGGUGCAUACGGAUUGACCAUCGAAUGAAUCUCAAGCCCAUGGCGGACACGAAACCCAAAGAAGUCAUUAAAGCAACAUAAUUAGCGGCAGGAAAUUCGGGAAUUGGCGCGAUGAGUGUGGAAUGGCUGAUCUGCGGCCAGCUCUGAUUCAUAGUGCACCGAGCGUUGCCAUUUUAAUUAAAAAUUCUUAAAACGUU